AGAGCUGCCCGGCCCGGGGAGUGGCGUGCGGUCCGGCCGAGAGCGGGAGGGAGUAGCGCGCGCGUCAAGCAUGGCUCCGGCAGCGGUGGCCGCUCCUGUGGCUUCAGUCUCCCCUGGCGGCGGCGCCGUCCGCUCCGCCAGGAGGAUAGCCUCCCUGCAUCCUUGCCAUUCUUCCACCAAAAUCGUGCUGCUGCCACCCCCGAACGGCCUGCUCAGAUCGGUCAGGCAGAGGAGGCGCUUCGCGGCACGGAGCAGCAUCUCGGAAAGCAGCACCGAUGACUCCCAAUCCCCGAAACAAGAGAAGGUACAAUCCACGACCUGAUAUCCCCGAGACACUCCUGAAACUGAAAACACCCGCGCGGCGUUCCAUUGCAGGCGCCGUUCGGGUACACGAGGAAAGACGUGCUGCUGAUCGGCCUCGGCGUCACCGCCUUCGGCGUCGGCCUCAAGUACGGGCUCGAGGUGAGCUGCCGCCGCCGCCGCGGCGGCGGCGUCCAUUUUUACUGCAGAAAUUUCGCUCGUUUUCAAUUUGCAGUUGGUUUAACUCGCCGGGAAACGCUACGGCACAGCUUCUGGGAGUGGACCCAUUGCAGGCCGGGAACGUGGUGCAGCUGCUGGUGGUGCUCGGGAUGACGGUGGGGUGGAUCUCCACCUACAUGUUCCGGGUGGCCAACAAGGACAUGACCUACGCGCACCAGCUCAGGGACUACGAGAAGCAAGUCAUGGAGAAACGGCUGGAGAGCUUGACGGAGGCUGAGCUGCAAGCUCUGCUCGAGCAGGUGGAGGAGGAGAAGCAGCGCAUGCCGCCGGUCCCGGAAGAGCCUAACGCUAUUACCUUCAAGAAGAAAUGAGGACACCGUUCUUCCUUCGACAUGUUUAUAGCGUAGCUUCAUUAGCUAGCUCCAUCGAUCUCUUUUAAGAUCUGUACAAUACGCUAGGCCACUAGUGCUGUCAAACAUGAAACCAUCCAUUCUCUAUCGUUACGAGAUAACAGCAUUGCACCAAUAACAAAUAUCCUUUCUUUGAGGAUAUCACGGCUUACAAUUGAACGGGCUAAUAUGUCAUUGUUGUUACUAUUGCAAUUCUGCCAUUUGGGAGGAUUCAGCGUUA